AUGUUUGAUUUUUGGAAGAAAGAUAUUUUUAUGGAUUCACCCGGGAUUUGGAUUCAUCAUGUGGUGGUUUGCACAUCAUUUUUAGCAUCAGUCAUAAUAUGUAAAUACUCUCCAUACUUGACAGCAACCUUAUUAGUUGAAAUUAGUAAUAUUUUUUUGCAUCAACGCAAACUUUCUCUUAUGUAUCACCGAUCAAAAUCAACUACAUUUUACAAAAUCAAUUCUUUAUUACUUAUUUUAACAUUCAUCUUUGCUAGAUUUACUAUUCAUGGUUAUCUUUUGAUAAGAGUAUGGAAUGAACAUCAUAUUUUUAUUCAUGAAUUUCAUUGGAUAAUUGCAUUGUUUGGUAUGGUUGCAAUGAACGUAAUUAAUCUUCAAUUGUUUUUGCAGUUAUGGAGUUCUGAUUGGAGUAAAAGUGUGAAUGUG